CAAGCCAACGCUCCGUGUUCGUGCCGCGGCACAACUCAAUUCAAUUCAACUCAAUCGUAAGCGCGCGCUCGGGCGAGCUGCACGUACGCCUCCCGCCGACGCGACACCCCGCACUAACUCACCGCCUUACGUCGCUACCAAAACAAUAAUACUAAAUGAAACUGUGCACAAUAGUUCUUUACCAGUGACCAACGCGUAACCAAACUCUCGAAAACAGUGAUAAAUGUUGUGGAACAUCGUUGAAGUUAACAAAACACGGAGUUCUAAACUUUCCAACGAGCGAGCCAUGUGACUACGGCGGGAACGAGUAAUAGCUGUAAUGUGGCUGCUAGCGGCUCUGCUAGCAGCCUGUGCUGCGGGCGCAGUGAGCACGCCAUGCUUCGAGGCUCGCACGCGCUGCGCCUACCGCACGGGCUGUGGCGCCGCGCUCAACAACUACAUGAUCCUGUGUAAUGACGUGCUGUCUGAACCGACCAGCGUCUGUCCCAAGCCGUGUGAACAUGCGCUUAUAGCGCUCAUGUCCACAGAGGAGGGAAAGGAGUUGAUGAAGUGCGAGUGUGAAGACGAGUAUUGCCUGGAGGCGAAGUCGCGGAUCGACGUUUGUCGGCCUUCGGUUCUUCGCGGAGCCGCGAAUGCCACGAGUUCGUGUCGUCUGUCGCAGCUAAUCUGCACGGCGGAUGCCCAGUGCGCCACUGCGCUCGGGUACUACCAUCGCCUGUGCCGCGCAAUGUACCGCGGCAGAAAAUGCUCCCACAAGUGCCUAAAUGCUAUAGAAAUUUUAAGAAAGCAGGAGAAAGCAGCGCCUCUGACAGGAUGCCAAUGCGAUGGCAAUGAGGAUUACGACUGUCCGAGGAUGCAAAACAACCUUGCGAGGCUUUGCUUCCAUAAGAAGCUAGACCCCAUAGACGAAAAACUCAAAACAACAAUAACGCCAGAAGUGGUUCUAGUAGGCAGCAGUUCUAUUGCCACUGUUUCAAAACGGCUGCUAGUAUUAUUAACAUUUUUCAGUUCAAAAUUCUAUACGUGAUAGUUUUAUAAUGGGUCUACUACCUCAAGCAUUAGGUCUAAUUUAAUUCUAAGGUUGGAGCAGCAAUUACAUAGAAGUACAACUUUUGUAAAUAUGUAAAUGAGAAUAUUAUAAGUACUAAGGUGUAAUAAAUAGAGCCAUGUAGGAAAGUGAGGGAAGGCAAGGGGUAAGAGAGGUAGAUGGCAAGAUGUUCCUGUAACUACAUAAAAAAAUGGGAUUGUCUUUCUUGAAAUAUGGUUUUUAGUGUGUAAGUGUUACGUAUCUAAAGUAGGUACCACUAAGGAGAGUCGGCAACACUCAUGUAUAAUUUUUGGUGUCUCUAUAAGGAAGUAUAAUAAUUAUUUAAUCAUCGCAUAUACAAUACGUAUCAAUUCGUAAAAAUAAGCAACUUUGAAUUCCAUUCAAGUAUGAUUCCAAUUAGGUAAUUAGUUGCGUGUGUUGCCAUUCUCAGUUUUAUUAUGCACACUUAUCAAAAUCAGUAUUAGCACCAUAUUUUGUACCAUCUUCAAUCAAAUGAAAACUACACUGUUACGGUCUGAAAGCGCUCUCGCUUUGCUAACUUUGAAACAAAGAUAGAGUCACAAAGGUGUUGUAAACCAGUUUCGUAUUUAUAAAGAAAUCCCAAACCCUAGGCUGUUGAUACGGUGUUAAAUCUUAGUCCAACGCACGCGCAUAAUGCAGGCAAUCUCGCAUGAUAGAGGAUAGCCGCGCCGCCCACAGCACGCAUGCGUCGCGCGGGCGUCGCUAUAAAUACGGCAGCGCCGGUGGUCCGGUGACAAAUACUAGGCUGUUCCCGCCGCGGCGCCACGACGAUUGAUCUAAAGUCCCGGUACCAUUCGCUGUCAAACACACGAAUUUACAAAUCAACGUUUCAAUCUGUCCCUAUUCAUCGCAUGUGCGACGACGUGCGUUUGAAAGAAACGGAAGAGUUUUUGAGGUCGUUUGGGUUCGGGAAGUGGAUGUUCUAAUGACAGUCGUAGCUAAUUCCGGCGUGACACUAAUCGCUUGUCCUGAUGUAGGGCGGUAGAUUCUGUAAAAGAUUCCAGUGUCCCAUUAGCAUACCAUGUUGUUAAUAUUGCAUGUCUUUGAGCGACAUUUUUCGCUAAUUAAUCUGGGAGAGCAAGUUUCAUUAGAUGACCCAUCAUGUUGUAAAAAAAAUACAGUAACUAUACGAGUUUACAAAAUGUACGGCUACUAGUUAGACUAAGAUAAGUCUGCAACUAUUUUAAUAGCACACUCACUACGCAGUGCAAUUGUUUUGAAAGUCAAAUUUCUAUAAAAUUAUGACGUCUAAAUAACACUUGCAUUGCACUGCGUAUGCUAUCAAAAUCGUUGCAGACUUUUUUGGUCUAAAGAUUAACCGCUUUUCCUUAUACAUUGUAAUAAGUUUUCUACUCAUAUUCGUGUACAAAGAGCUUGCUGUAAACGUGUCCCUCUUGCUCAAUUUAAACCGAACGUUUGAACCGAGGUCCCUUAGUAAUGAAGAGGUUGGAACCGGUUUGGUCCAAGCGCCUAUGCCGAGAGCUCACCAAAACGAGAGCACAGCAGAUCUGUUUCGCACCAGCACGAGUACAAACACAUUUAAGAUCCGUUAACGUUAUUCGAAAGGGCAAGAGCUUUUAUAGAAUCAAGCACUAAUAUAGUCUUCGGUUACCGCGAUAGUUACUCAUGAAAUAAAACUAUUGAAACGGAUUAUAUCGCGUAUAUUCAAUUCAUACUACAUCCCGACGUUUCGAAUUCUUUACAGCGUUCAUGGUCAACGGGUGACUGAGGAAAAACUGCAAAACCACCAUUAUCACCACCGACGACGAACGCUGUAAAGGGUUCGAAACCUCGGGAUGUAGUAUGAAUUCAAUAUACGCGAUAUAAUCCGUUUCAGUAGAUUUAUUUCAUGAGAAUCGAGCACUAUCAAGUAAACCCAGAACAUUACAAAUCCCUAUUAAUUAGCGUACGGUACGUGCUUUUAUGUAAACAAUUCGUUUGUCUAUACCACUUACACCAAUGUGGCAUUCACAUCAUCCAGUUUAUUUUUGUUUUUGCUUGAUGCCCAUAUAGUAACAGCACCAGUCAUGGGACAUUUAAGAGGGAAUUUGGAGUAUUUGUGAUAUUUCCCUAAUACAUGUGAAUGGUCUACCGCUUAGCGUAUUGAAAGAUGAAAGUCCUACCCGUCUUUCAUGUUUCAGGCGUGUUGUAUCAAAGAUACUGCAAUGAGUUUCCACAUACUUAACAAAUUAAAACUAUGCUAUUUUUCUCCAGUCAUGGACACCAAAGCUCCAGUAAUGGGCCCCCCAGUAAUGGACACUACUCUAUCAGUAUAAAAUAUUGAAAUAGGUCAUCAGAUCUGGUCCAUGUUAUCAUAAUAUUGCAUUAUCAUCCGAUUUGCAUAUUUAAUUACGAAUACAAAAUUUCAACUCAAUCGGAAAACGGGAAAGUGGCUCAAACUCGGCUACCAAGAUUUGACCCACACUAAAAAACGAUAUUAAUUUAUCCGAAGUCCGAGCAUACCUCCUGGUUGACAUAUUUCGUAACUACAUUUUACUUCUGUAUUGUUUAAACAUGAAAUGAUGGCAUGGCAAGCAUCAUUAUGUAAAUUUCCCAUUAUAGGAGGUAUGCAGUUUUACAGCUCCUAUAAUGGGAUUGGGCCAAAUACCACUAUUUUUUUACAUCUGUGGACUCACAACAUAGUAUGUUGUAUACCUUAUCUCAUGGUAAAUGCAAUUAACAAAACACAUUUUAGUUUUCAUCAAGUAUUAAUUAAUUAAAAUUUAAUAAAUUAACUCACCUCUCUUAGCGAAGUUGUUAAUGAAUUCGUAGUGGUAUUUUUUUUUCAGUGACACGACAACUUUUGGGUUGACGCCAAUUUCUUAAAAAACAACCAAAUUUAAUAAAAAUUCAAACUGAAACAGCUCUAGGACUCUCAUUUAUGAUAAUAUACAGGCAGUGUUUAUAAACUACUUUUAUACACUUAUUUUACAGGAUUUGUGGUUUUUUGUCCCAUUACUGGUUCCACGCCCAUCAUAGGGUACACUACUAUAUUUAUUCUCUAGCCGCCCAGAGACCUAUAAAAAGGUCUCCUGUUCCAUUCUAAUUUGAACUUUGUGUUGACGAAAUAUAAUUUCAUUUUGCUUGGCAAGGUAUGACGUAUGGGCGGCUAGAGGUUAAAUAGCAUAUAUUAUGUCCAUUGUCCACGUACGUAAAACUUCCAUACAAUCUUGGAUAGAGUUCAUGAUAAAGGUAGGUAUUAACUACAAUGUUAUUUAGUAUGCGUCUCGCAAUUGUAUACUAAUGUUUCGCCGCCAAUCAUGUCAUUCUUUAUGCAUAAUGAAUUGACGUGAUGUCCAGCAUACGAAUGAACACUUACUUAUUUUCGCAUUACGGUAUAUCUUUGAAGAUUGGCGUGCGAAAGUAUUCUACAAUGCGGAUCUUUUAUAGAGUAUACUUGAAGUUAUUGGUUAUUCAGCAAACUGGCGUGGUAUUUCAGUACCUACCUAAUUAUACAUUUUGAUUCGAAUUAUGUUCUGAAUUUUUCGAAUAAUGGUACAUUACAUAUAUGUAUGUAUAAUACGGAGAUGUACACUUCAGAAACUCAUUGAAUUUUUUACCUUAUUCUCGCACUCCAUUUCCAAAUUCAAGUUGGGUUUUCAAUAGUUGUUACGCCUGUAAGUCAUGGGUACUCAUGUGCCAUCAAAUUUUCCUAAAUUGCGAAAUUUCCACUUAUAAAUAAAUAACCUACUCAUAUUUUUGUAUAGCAAUCGAAAUUUUCCAUUUCCAAAAUGAAAGUUUCCUGUGAAAUAUUCCUGAAAUUUCCAAUAAUAUUGCGAACUUUUUGAAAACUUCCGCAACUUUACAGUCCAUAAAUACAUAAUACAUAUUCAUUUUACUGUAGCUAUACCUAGCUGUAACAUGAGAUAUUUUCAUAGCAAUAGAUUUGUAGAGAUUCAGAAGAUUUUUUUUGUAUUGUAGCUUUAUAAAAAUAAGGCAAACUUGUAGAGGCAGUUUUGUGUGAGUGUGCGUGGGUUGAUGUGCAAGAAAUAAGUUUAGUACAUAGUAACUUUAAUUCCUUGGGACUCUGUGUGACUGCAGUGAUGUAGGUAUAGAAUAGAAUAUUCUUAAAUGAAUAUUCAUAUAUAUAAUACCGAUUAACCACAGUUUACCAAAGUGAGAUUAUUAGCAUAGUGUGUAGAGAAAAGUAAUGUAAUACAAUAAGUGCUGAAACACGUAACUUAUGUAAGUACAAUUCAUUACAUGUCAGUAAUUAUUAAAAAACGUACAAAGUUUUUGGAAUUACAAAUAUGAAUAAGUAAUUAAUAAUUUAUUGAAUUAGAGUUAGUUAGCGAUGUAAUUAGUUAGUAAAAAUUGUUGCAUUUGUUCGUUUUGUAAAAUUAUAUUAAGGAUUUAUAUGUAUUUAUUUUAUUGUACUGAAAUAAAAAUUGUUUUCUUUA